CUCGUUAGUUAACUAUUCAAAGACUAUACGUGUUUGUGGUUAGGCCAUCGGUCUCGGCCAUUGUUUCCCCCCCCCCCCCCGCAUCGACACACGCGGAGAACGCAAGAAGCUCGCGUAUUAAGUAAAACGCGAGUGGAAAGGUCGAAGAACAGUAAUCGAGGGGGUGUUGGAGGGGUGGUGGUCGAUCGGUCACGAGCGCGAGGAAGCGGCGGCGGUCAGCGUGUCGGGGAUCGGGUCGGAUAAUGCGCCAUCGCGCGACAACGCGAUUUUCGGCGAUCGUGAGGAUAGAAUGUUGACAGCCCGUUCUGGGCCUCUUGGGCUCGGUGUCCCGCGAACCCUGGGGCCCGCCGAAGGGAGCGACCACCUCUUCCUUCUACCCGAAAGAGCACUGAUCAUGGACAGCACCCACUUGAGACAGGAUCUGGCCGGUCUCGACUUCAACUUGCACCUGAACCUGCUCCACACCGCGCCCCGCGGCAACGUCUGGCUAUCUGGAGCCGCUUCUGAGGAAACUAACCAAAGGUCCAGUUCUGCACACAAUCGCCACUCUCUCACGAAGGAGCAAACGAUGCACUGGUUCGCCCAAAUCGGAGGUGACGAGGCCUCUCCCGAUUCGUCAGAUGUGAAGCGCCGGCAGAGUCUCUACGACGAGGAUUCCCUCGAUGGCGAUCAUCCUAGCGAGAACGAAGGACGGGAGUCGACGGGAAACGCGAAAGACGUGGACAGGGCGAAGCUCGUCCGUGAGAGACAGAACGAAGAACGGCAGCGGAAGUUGGAAGAGCUGAGACAGCAGGCGUUCGCCGCGCAACGUUUCCGGGAGCAACGGGAAGAGGAACGUCGAAGACGCAUCGACGAGCUCAGAUCGCGUGACAAUGACAGACGAAACCAAGUGGAGGAGAGGAAACGGUUGAUAUGCGAGGCGGAAAGAGAACGAAGGGAGGCGAUCCUCCGGAAGAACCAAGAGAGGGAGGCGCGUAUCGAGGCGAAGAAGAAGAACGAGAGGUCGCACAUCGUGUUCGCUUUUGGAAGCUCGACACCGAGGAUGUUGGAGCCGGCCGACACCGGCGGUUCCACUUUCUGGGGUACCCGUCGAGCAACGUCCACCACCAAUGUCAUGAUGUUCUCCGCCGCUCAACCGUUGACCAGGAGGUCUUCCGAAAGGGAGCUCGAUGGCAGCAAGAAACGAGCCACGUCCGCUGGUGGACUCGAUCGGAAACCUGGCGAAGCGUUGAAUGGUUUGUUUGCAGAUAUGAGAAUGUCCUCGUCCAUGUACGAGGUGUUCAAUUGGAAUUCUAGCCCUGAUCCUCCCUUAACCCCUGCCAAACAUAAGAGAGCCAGCCUCUCUCUGCCUCCUACAACUGACAUCUUUGCCAUCGAUGAUAAGUCUGAUAGCGACACUAGGCGUCCGAUGAUUCAGCGGGCUGCCAGUGGUGAAGAAAGCGACGGAACGCCGGGAACCCCUAGCUCGGUUUAUCUGCGGGUGAACAGGAGGCGCACCGAUCUGAUGCCGACGAUACCGUCGCCACGUGACGGACCGCCAACAUCCGGGCGUAGCUCGAGCGCAAAGGCCUUCACACGUUCGCCAGGUAGGACUUACUCCAUGUCCAGGCUGGACCAACUGGCGCAGCCUAGGAAACGUCCGACAGAACUUAGCACAUUGACGGAACAGCAAAGCCAGCCUCUGAGCGCUUCUAGCAUGAGUCGCAGCAUGUCACAUUUAGCUGCGUCCGGGGGCAAGAGCCUGAAACGCUCAGAUAACUCUCGUAGCAUGGGUACAUUGCCAGGCGCGGUUCCGAUGCCGAGACCAACGAGGGCCGAGAGACUCCGUCGCAAAGCCCGCGAGCAUCAGAACCAACAGCAACAAGGCAUCCGCAGCGGGGAGGUGACACCGAACAGCCCAUCACGACCGCACAGCUCCAUGAGUCAGCAAAGCGCCAGCAGUGUGGGCAGCAGUAACGUCAAUCUGCGUCCCCGUACAGCUGCCCCGCGUCGACCGCGACCUGCUUCUAUUGCCGGUACCGGUGUUUCGGUCACAGAACGACACAAUCUAGUGAGCGAGACAAAGUCGCCGAAAGAUUCGAAGCCGCCACUGCCAAAGGUCCAUAGCACUCCAAAGAAAACGUCUACACCGAAAUCGGCGGAGAUGAAGAAGCCGACCGAGAAGCUGGUGAAAAACGCGAAGGCUUCGCCCCGGAUAACUCCGAAAGUGACACCGUUGCAGAGUCCUGGCGCCGAGAACGCUCCAUUGAUCCGCGGUAGUACCGGCGAGAUAAUAAAAAGCGAAGGGAAGGAGGAUAAAUUGGAGGAUAAGCACGAGGAGAAGAAAGAUCAAGGCAGCGAAAAAACGCAGCAGGAGAUAAGCGCCGCGGAGCAGGGUAACGACGAGGUGAAGAAGCCGACCGUUAUAGAACAGUCCAAUAUCGUGUCCAAGCAGGCGAAGGACGAGACUAAUUUGAAUCAGGAGAAUCAAUCGGCUGUGCGAUCUCAAGAAACGCCUAAAGCUGCCAAGAAGGAAGCCGAGGCCAAGUCUGAGAGCAACGUGGAGGAGCAGGUCGAUAUGUCUGCAUCGAUGAUAGCAAAGAUCCGGAUCACUACGGAAGAGGAAGCUAAGGCAGCUAUAGCUGAACGUAGAAGAUUAGCCAGAGAGCAGGCUGAACGGGAAGCCGAACUUGAACGCCAACGACAGGAGGAAGAAGCCCGUUUAGAGGCCGAGAGAUUGCGCGCCGAAGAAGAGGAACAGCGACGUUUGGAGGAGGAAACGCUUCGUUUGGCUAACGAAGCUCGAGAAGCUGAAGAACAGAGACUGAGACUGGCGAUAGAGGAAGCGAAACGUCGCGAGGAAGAGGACAGGAGAAGAAGGGAAGAGGAGGCUCGUCAGAAACAGGAGAAAGAAGAGGCUGAGCGGAAAGCGAGGGAAGAAGCGGAAAGACAACGGAUCGAAAUGGCAGAACGUGUUAAGAGAGAAGAGGAAGAGAGACUUGCUAGACGUAAACGCGUCGAAGCAAUUAUGCUUAGAACUCGUGGCAAAAAUCAGAGUAACACACCUACGAAGGGUGAAGGUGGUGAUGGCGAUAAGUUGAAAGAAGACAGUCCUAACGAUGAAAAUAAAACAGCACCAGUUAAUAAAAGCGAGGAUGUUAUGACAGCCAGUCUGAUAUCCGAGGCGACUCAACAAUUCAUUAGCGGGGAGCAGCGUGCUCAUCAUACGGAAAACAAUACUACUACGGACAUUGUGCAUAACGGCACGCAUAGUAAUGGCAUUAAUGAAAAUAAAAUUGUAUUGGAUAAUAAUCAGGGUAAUGUGGAAGGAGAACUGAAUGGUCAUCAUACAAAUCAUGGAAACGGUAUCAACAGUCAAUCAAUUACACUGGAUAAUGCCACUGUCAAACAAAACAACGUGACCAACAACCUGUUAGACCUAACGGAAUUCGACUCUCUCAGUAAUAGCAGUAGUGGUCCAAUACUCCAACUGACAUCCAAUUUGGCCAAUGAAGACACCCUCAACUCGAACUUAAAUCCAGCAGCUAUACCUUUCACUCCAAUGGCAAACACGUAUAUGCCUACCGCUGCUAAUGCCAAUGUAAAUCCGUUCCAGGAUUCUUUUAUGAACAACAAACCACAAGAUAAUAGUCAAGUACCAGAUCUUUUAUCAUAAUGCGCGUAUUAAUCAUUCUGGUGAAAGGAAGAAGAGAGCGAUUGGAUUGAAAAAAAGAAUUGAAAAAAAAAAAAAAGAAUUAAAAAAAAUAAAAUACCUGUGCUUUGCAGCGAGCAACGGGUAUAUAAUAUUCGAAACGAUGUCAUUUAUGAAAUAAUGUAAAUAAGCGCUAUCGAUGUGUAGAAAUGGAGACCUAAGUAGAGAAAAACGGGGGGGCACUACGUCAAAAAGAAAAAGAAAAAGAAAAAAAAAAAAGACUACUUUGUCCUUAAACGUCACGAGAAAUGUAAAAUAAUAUAUAAUGUUAAUUAUUAAUAUUAUGUAACAGCAAAUAGGCAACUCAGUCCGUUAUCGUAUGCUAUUAGGUAUAAAUCUUUUUAGAAGAACCUUUAAAGGGAAUAAGGCCUGUUUAUAAAAUUAUUGAUUUGAAAUACGCGUAUAUAUUUUAUUGUAUUAAAAAA